CACACACACACACACACGCACACACGUGUAUACAAGUAUAUGGACACACUCACACAAACGAGUGCACCCUUUAUUACAUUCCCACCUCUGACCUCUAAGACUGUUAAACUCAGUACCGUAAGCUUCCUAGCUCCAUAUAACAUUCCACAGACGCCAGGUAAAGUUUUCCCAGUCUCUCCGCCCGGCACUGGGUCUUUGACUCUGCCAGAACUGUCUGAUGAGUGGAGAGGCAUAUGUCACCCCUAACCCCUCUCUCUUCCCCUGUCACUGACUGACACUUAUCCAUGUCUGUGGAAACUGAAGCUGGGUCUUGAACAGUAUCACAGAAUCACAUCAACAGUCUCAGCUAUUCUGAACGGGAGACAAUCACACACAUUUAAUACACUGUCAUGUAAACAUGCACACAUACUUGCAUAGUCGCUUCAUAAGACAUCUCUCUCUUGUCAUCUGUCUUGCGAUGUAAGGGAGUGGAGCGAGGGAGAGGGGAACGAUCCUAUACAGUAUGAUACAUUAUAGAUGAAGGAUUUGUGUACUGUUAACAUCACACAGGUCAUAUAAGAUGUCUCCACCGUAAACUGGAUAGACUCCUACUUUCUACACAAACUCAUAACCUCACAUAUGUGACUCGUUUCAGGAAAUUAGGCGUAUGUCGUGGGUCACUACUUCACGGGAGAGCCAUUUUUUAUGCUGACUUGCUGUGCAAACAUGCACUCACACGUAAGCAUGCAGGCACGCAGGCUCGCGCACAGGCACAUGCAACGCACACACACACAUAUGCUUGCUUGCUCGCACACACACGCAUACAGUAACACAUGCGUCAUUGAAACUUUUCCAUCUGGCCAUGUCAGCUUUAUAAACACUAUUAUAUAAACAGAUUCUUCCCCAAUCUGUCCCCAACACAACUGUAAUUUUUAAUAACAUUUGUUAUUAUUAUUCCAUAUCUGGGUCAGUCAGGAGGGGGCAGCCAGAUGAGGAUCAUAGCCAGAGAGUCAGAUGUGCCAGUUUAGGGUUCCAGGUCCCCCCCCCCUAAUCGCCCGGCUCGCACCCCAGCCUCAAACACAGCGUCCAAUCCCAUUAGUCGUGACUGACUCGAUCUUCAACAUGAAAGUCUCUGAUUGGUCACAGACACACUGGCAGGAGCGGAUUAUGGAUAAACAGGCAGGGUGUCUGGGGCCGAAACAAAGACAGGCAGGCCGAGAGUGAGGGCGGCGAGAGGCUAAAUGCUAACGCUAAUGAGUCUGACGUACGGUCCGGGGCGGUCAUUAGAGGUGAUUAGGGGGGCCACUGCAUGCGACGGUCAUGGGGAGAAGGGGAGUGAGAGAGAGACACUGGGUAACAAUACAUUCUAUAACUGGUGUCAGAACAGUGGACUGCGCCUGUGGAACUGUAGCUGUGACAAAUCCAUUUUUAUGCCAAGACCAGAGGGUCCAAUUUCCAUUUAGUAGUGGAUAUUUUCACACUCUCAACAAUGACUUUGGAAAUAUGCCUACAGUAUAUAUUGACAACAAAAGCAGACAUCAAGGGCAUGAAGACCAUGCAUCAAAUGUUAUUCUAUGGGCAAAGGGUGGUGUCAAUUUCAUAUUCAAUAAAAAAUCUAUAACUUCAGGUAAAUUGUAUGGGGGGUCAGCUCCUGAAAGAAACUUUAGGGUCAGGGGUUAAUCUCAGAUGCUGUGUGUCUGAAGAGAUUGUUAUUACACUUAACAGCCAAUCCUCUAAUCUGCCUUGAUGUUAUUAGACGUGUUUGGAGAGAAGCAAAAAAUUUGUCAAAAGUCCUAGGUAGCUAGAACAAUUUCUUGUUAUUUUUGGCCCUGGUUAGGAAACUAUAGAUUAUGUCCUGAUAUAUGAACCAUGGACAUGUGAGCGUUGAUUCUUAUUCGAUACUGUAUAGGGAUUAUAAAACCAUAAUUAUUCAUUUGUAUUUUUUUGUCCCUUUUUUUAAACUCCAAAAUAAUACAAAUUUUUUUUACCUUUAACAAUUGUAAAAUAAAACUGAUAUUUGAAGUAUGUAUCUCACAUCUAAUCUCCAAAAAUUAGGCGAGAUGUAGAAUAGACAUGUUUGUAUUUACGCUACCUAUAAAUGGUUCAUACUUUUGCCCUAAAAGUAGGAACCAUCUCCUCUUGUGCAUCUCCUAUCGUUUUUCGCCCGUCUCAGUUCAUUUGGAAAUGAAAGUGCAUAUGCAUACACACACUGAUUAUGUUAGGUAGGUCAAUGCCUUUGACCUAGUUUGAGCGUUGCGCUCCGUGGGAUGCCAGAGUCGCUCACGUCAAGCCACCGGAUAGACAAUAUUCCCCUCCAUUUUGUUACAGCAGCUUUCUGCUGGUAAUUUAUUUUUUGGUUUAUUUUAUUUUAAGUUUCAGCUGUUCUGGGAUAACAAGCGUGGGAUAAAAUGGUAUCCACUGUAUGGGAUCUCCCUUUUUUGAUAGUCCCAUUGUACCGAACUGAAAGGGAAUCUUGGCCACAUAUUAUUGAAUAAGGGGUGUUUCGUUUGGCUGUUCUAUCUACAAACAUUCAGUAGGAGACGUAAGCUUACUAUGAUAGCAUAAGGGCUAUUUUUACAUCCAAUUUCAAUAUACUGUAGCUUGAAGGCGUUAACCAAUCUCCAAUUGAAUACUUUUCCUUUUUGUCUCAGAGCAUCUGAUCUUUGCACCCUUAUACAUCAUAUUGUCUUGCCCUUUCAUUUUUUUCAUCCACUCUUCAUGAAGUGACUGUUUUUAGAAACUGGAGACAAAAAAGAUCUGUUUAAAAUUUAACAGAUCAAAGAUAGUGAAAAAGCCACAACCUCUAGCAACCGAGUUGAAUUAAAGAUACAACCAGUACCUCCACACACAGACGAGAUAUCCAGCGAGACACAAGGGGAUAUGCAUAGUGCUCUAAUAUAGGGGUUCUUAUACUUUUUUCAGCCUGGGACCCAAAUGAGAUAUUCUAUGUUUUUCUGGGACCCAAGCUCAUGAAAAGGGCCUUAACCGAGCAAAACAUUUUAGUGUCCCCCCUCUUGAAGACAGAGAGAACAUUUUUUGUUUUAAAGUUAAUUUCCUGCAAUUCUACACAUUGUGCCAUGGGCAUGGAGAAAAUGUUGCUGUUUCAAAGCAUUUUUCUGCAAAUAUACACAUUAUGCCAUGGGACAGAAAGAAUAUGUUGCAAUUUCAUAACACAUUUUGCCAUGGGGAAGAGCUAUAUAUAUACAUUUUUUCUGCAGUUUUACAGCUAAUUUCAUGCAAUUCUACACAUUAUGCCAUGUUAAUAUGAUAUUAGAGUGAGAGUGAAUAUCAAAAUCAAAGGGGGACCCGUGGAGUUCAUGGCCCCUGGGACCAUGCCCUGCAUCAGUAUUUUGCCACCAUAACAACACGUUUAGAUAGCUGGCUAGACUAACUUACCAAUCAAAAAAUUGUUAGCUGACAAGGUGAAUUGAGUGACUGACAUAACAAGAGAAAAACUGCUGAUGCACAACCAAAUUUAGAAAUUGCGCCAUGUAUUCUACUAUUGUAACUCUCAACAGUAAGUUGACCCCCACUCCACCCCCUCCCCCCUCAUACUUUAAAAAUGGCUACUCUAAAUGUUACUUGGGACCAUAUAACUUACUCACAGUUCAGGCAAAUUUAGUUGAAAGUGAUAAAGUUUCCUUACCGGUAAAUCCAUUUUUUUGUCGUUAAUGGUUAGGUUUCAACUUGGUAUGAAGAUAGUGUAGCCUCGUCUUCAUUGGCCAUGUUUCAGUCUGGCUAUGGCCUAGCUGGCUGUCAGUGUGAGUCUCCAUUCUUUGUGCCUGUCCCCACCUGGCUUCAAUUGCCAUGCCAGCAACAUUUAACUUUCUCAACCAAACCUGCCUGAGGCACCAUGUUAGUUACAACAGAAAGGGUUAAUGCCAUGACCGUUAGCAAAUGGAAAAUACUGUAAUUCAACUUGUGACUCUAGCUCACUCUGCAUAUCAGCACACUAACAUGACUCCACACAGUAUUUGAUUGAUCUUAAAGGUUCAGACUCAGUUCAACUACUAACCCUGGUUAGGCCUUUGGGAAGGUCAUCACAGUCUAUUUUUCACAGAAGUCAAUAGGAAGAAGAGUCCAAGACUAGUGUCUAAACCCAUUACAUGUCAUAGAACUCCAACGUAUACAAUGUGUAUUCCUCAGAUCUGAAAUUCACACAGUAUUUUAAUGACACGUGUUACAUUAGUUAUUCUUCUGACACCUAUCCCUGCUGAUUUUUCAUUGGACCACAGCUAUAAAUGAGCAGAAGGGAGAGAGAAGACAAUACCCUCUCCCUCACCCCCUCUCUGCCCCUCUCCUCUCUUCUCUUCUCUUCUCUACCUCCUCCCCUCCCGCACGCACCUCCACUGUGAGGUCCGACAGAUUGCAGUGUCACUUUUUUUUGUGUGAAGUGGGAUUGUCCACAGAGCUAACCGCUCUAGUGAACCGCUAUCUCUCGCUAACUUUCCUGGAAUUGUCGGGACAACUGUUGUGCCUCUGCGGCUCGUGUUAAACUCCUGUGAAACGCUGGUCGGCAGCUACACUAGACGACUCCGUGUAUUCAGUGUGUGCGUGAGGAGGAUAAGGGAUAAGCAGGAAGCAGAGUGAUGCCUGCUGUGUACCGGUGUUCCACCCCGCUGUGUCUCCAUGCUCAGGGAUCUGUCCUCUGAGCUCCCUGCUGCCUGUGUUUCUGAUUCAGGCUCUUCAGCUUCUGUAGCAUCGUCCUCCUGCUCUGCAGAGAUGUCUGCGAUGCUGAGUACACGGGAGCGAGAUCCAUCGAUAGCUGAGCAGUUAACCUGGAUUUCGCUGACACACCCGCGCCUGAGUUCCACCUGAGAGGAUGGACGCGCUGGAGUCAGAGCUGACUUGCCCAAUCUGCCUCGAGCUCUUUGAGGACCCGCUGCUCCUGCCCUGCGCCCACAGCCUGUGCUUCGGCUGCGCCCAUCGCAUCCUGGUAUCCCACUGCGCCUCCAACGAGCCCGUCCAGUCCAUCGGAGCCUUCCAGUGCCCCACCUGCCGCUAUGUCAUCUCUCUCAGUCCGCAGCGUGGCCUAGAAGGACUGAAACGCAACGUCACCCUCCAGAACAUCAUCGACCGUGUCCAGAGGGCCGCCUCCUCCGGCCCCCUGGCCCUGCUGCCUCACAGCGGGCCCAACUCCCCUAGCGAGAAGGCCGGGCGAUUCGCCCUGGCCCUGGUCCCCGCCUCCACCGCCAUGACCAGCCCCGGGACGCCGCCCAGCCACGUGCAGUGCCAGUUCUGCGAGCAGGACCCGCCGCAGAACGCCGUCAAGACGUGCGUGACAUGCGAGGUGUCAUACUGCGACGAGUGCCUGCGCGCCACGCACCCCAACAAGAAGCCCUUCACGGGCCACCGUCUGAUUGAGCCCAUGCCGGACUGCCACCUGCGGGGGCUGCAGUGCCUGGAGCACGAGGAGGAGAAAGUGAACAUGUAUUGCGUCACCGACGAACAGCUCAUCUGCUCGCUGUGCAAACUGGUGGGAAGACACCGAGACCACCAGGUGGCGGCCUUGAGCGACCGCUUCGAGAAACUCAAGCAAGCGUUGGAUUCCAACCUGAGUCAUUUGGUCAAGAGGAACAAUGAGUUGGAGGGGUUGAUGGGAAAGUUGAUCCAAACCUGUCAAAAUGUAGAGGUCAAUGCAUCACGGCAGGAGGGAAAGCUGAUGGAAGAAUGCGACCUCCUGAUUGAUAUCAUCCAGCAAAGGAGACAGAUCAUUGGGACCAAAAUCAAGGAGGGAAAGGCAGUCCGGAUCAGGAAGCUAGCCCAGCAGAUCUCCAACUGUAAGCAGUGCAUCGAGAGGUCCUCUGCCCUCAUCACCCAGGCCGAUCAGACCCUGAAGGAGACGGACCAUGCCCGAUUCCUCCAGACCGCCAAGAGUAUCACCGAAAGGGUUUCCAUGGCGACCGCCUCCUCUCAGGUCCUGAUUCCAGAGAUCAACCUGACUGACACGUUUGACACGUUCGCUCUGGACUUCACCAAGGAGAAGAAGCUGUUGGAGAGCCUGGACUACCUCACAGCGCCAAGUCCUCCGGGCAUCAGAGAAGAGCUCUGCACUGCAUCGUACGACACCAUCACCGUCCAUUGGACCUCAGACGACGAGUUCACAGUGCUUUCCUAUGAGCUUCAGUAUGCUAUCUUCACAGGGCAAGCCAACGUUGUCAGCCUGUGUAACUCAGCAGACAGCUGGAUGAUUGUGCCUAACAUCAAGCAGAACCACUACACCGUCCACGGCCUGCAGAGUGGCACCAAGUACAUCUUCAUCGUCAAAGCCAUCAACCAGGCAGGUGCCCGCAGCAGUGAGCCAGGGACACUCAAAACCAACAGCCAACCAUUCAAGCUGGACCCUAAGUCCGCCCACAAGAAGCUGAAGGUCUCCCAUGACAACCUGACGGUGGAGCGCGACGAGACGGCAUCGAAGAAGGGACACGGCCAGGAGCGCUUCACCAGCCAGAGUAGCUACGGCGUCGUCGGCAACGUUUACAUCGACAGCGGACGCCACUACUGGGAGGCCCUGAUUGGAGGAAGCACAUGGUAUGCGGUGGGCAUCGCCUACAAGUCGGCCCCCAAGCACGAGUGGAUUGGCAAGAACUCGGCCUCCUGGGUCCUGUGCCGCUGCAACAACUCGUGGGUGGUGCGCCACAACAGCAAGGAGCUGGCCAUCGAGCCUUCGCCCCACCUGCGCCGCGUGGGCGUCCUGCUGGACUACGACGCUGGCUCGCUUACCUUCUACGACGCCGUGGGCUCGCAGCACCUGCACACGUUCCACGUGUCCUUCGCCCAGCCCGUGUGCCCUGUCUUCAACGUAUGGAACAAGUGUCUGACUGUUCUCACGGGUCUGCCCAUCCCUGAACACCUAGAUGGGUUGGAAACCCAGGACUGAGACCCCCGUGGAACUAGAGUCGGUUUGGGUUAGGUUAGGUUAAGCCACCUUCAAGGCACUUUGGGCCUCUAUGAACUAGCAAAGGUCGUCUUCAGUCUUGAAUCAUCCCAGAAAACGUCAUGCUACCACCUCAUUUCAUUUUAGGCACUUUGGACCACCCCUUGGGCCAACGUCAAUUGCACAGACCACCCUCUCUCUAUUCAACCCCAUAACGCUGUUUGUAGUGGGAAAGAAGGACAGAGCUACGUAGCUGUACAGUUGUGAAUUAUAGCAUUGCCCAACUCCCACCUUCAUGACUAUGGAACCAAAGUAGCCAUGAAUUUAAAUGAUUUUACUCCCAUUUUCUUGUGCUUAUAUGAUAGAUAUUCAUUAUUGUAGUGUAAGAAAAUAGCCUAGAUAAAUUCCAAUAUGUACAUUUUCCCUUAUGUUUACACAUUGUUCAUACAUUAUUUAUGGUCAGUUUACCAAGGAUAGGAGACAUUUAUAAAUCUAGGGAAAUUAUUUUGAUGCAAUUUAUCGAUGUUACUUUCUAAUCUAGAAAAAGUAUUGUGUCCUAAUACAUGAAUGUGUAAAUUAUACAUGUUUUGUGACAACAUAAUUACUUUCUUCCUUACAGUACCUUAAACCCACAAGUGUAGAAGUACUGUUGCAUUUUCGACAAGCAGGGAAACACAACAAAUUGCGUCUUUAAUUUUGGUCAUGUUUUGUCCUCUUUGCAAUGGGAUAGGUCCUUUGUAGUUCAGCCAUGCAUGUUAGUGAGUAUCUCUCAGGUCUAUUCCAAAUCCUGUUUUCAUCCAUGAAAAUAAUGCAAACUACUUUGUCCUCUCCUGAGUGAAUCACAAACCUGAACUGAAAAACACAUCCACGUUGUUGUUAGUUACAGUGAGGACAAGACUAUUACAAUCAUUUCUCUCUUCAGGUCCAGUGGCCGCUGGGAGGUACAUUUCAAUGACAACAACCAUGCCUCUGGGCAUUUGUCAUCCAUAUGUCACACAGGGAAGCACCACACUUACAAACUCAGUCAUUAUUACACCAAGGUCGAUGCCACCACUAGCCACAGCUUGACCUCAGCUUGACCACUGUAUGACCCAGUGACCGUGAACUCAAACGUUGUAGGAUACGUCUCGCCACCACACACAGGCACUCCAUGAUGUACAUAACGUAUUAUGUUCUCUUUUGAUCUGUCUUCUUUCGAAAGAAGGACCAUCUAGAUAUUUUACAGACCAUCUUUAAGUUUUUAAAGGAACAAAAUGGAUUGGUUCACUCAUUAAUAUGUGUCUUAGGUGUGGUUUGGGAUUAUCUGUUUCCUUGUAAUGGAUGCAGCGAUUAUCUACUCUUUAAUGUUACCACAAAAACUGUUUAAAUUCAGUUGUAUGUUUGAAUCCUGUGGACACUAUUUUAGGAAAGAGGAUUGGAAUGCUUGUGUCACUGUACAAAUAUGAACUAGCAUUUGUCGAUUGUCAAAGGUUCAAUAAAGAAAGGUACAUUUUAACUUG